GCGGGGGGGGGAAACAUGGCGUCCAACAAGAAGACUGGUGGAAGUAGCAGAUAUGAGAGUGUAAAUGGAAGACGCUCGUCCAAACACAAAGAGGUUCCAGUGGUUCCCCCCGAUGCUUGUGACAGGACUCACCUGAACAGAGUGGAGGCCGAUGAGGACAGACCCUUAAACUCAGAUGCUGUGAUGGACACCAAGGCUGUGUUUGCGGCCCUGUACAGCGUGUGUGAGGAGAAUGCCGCCUUCUUCUCUGGAGGCUCCAAGGGGUCGCCGGGGGACGCGGCCCAGCGGCUUGUGGACACCAUGGUCCUCAUCCAGGGGCACGCUCACAACCUGGAGCCUGUCGUCUCCGGCUUCGCUGCAGUUUACCAUCAUUUUGACUUUGACCCACACAUACCUGCCAACGGCUACCGCUCGCUGGUCAAGGUGGUGCGCUGCUGCAUUCUCCACAUCAUCCAGAAGGGUCGCUACAUCACCGCCAACCGCCGCAGCAUCUUCUUCAGAGUGGCUCACAAUGCGAAGGAGAUGGAGGCCUACUGCAACGCUCUGUGCCAGCUGCGCGCGCUGCUCUACCUGGCUCAGCGCAUGCUGCACGACAACAGCCACGGCAACCUCUUUUUCCAGGAUGAAAGCGGCCUCAGCGAGAGCUUCGUCCGCGAGUACUCCUCAAUGCACAAGGGGUGCUUCUACGGCCGCUGCCUUGGCUUUCAGUUCAGUCCAGCCAUCCGGCCGUGUCUCCAGACCCUCGCUAUUGGCCUUGUGGCCUUCGGAGAAAACUACAAACGCCAUCAGUCUGGAAUAGUGGAGGUAGGAGGCAUUGCCCCAUAUGGUGUCGCAGCCAGCUCCAUCUUCACCUCGGGGAAGUACGCCAUCGACCCGGAGUUGAGGGGUGCAGAGUUUGAACGCAUUACCCAGAACCUGGACGUCCAUUUCUGGAAGAGCUUCUGGAACAUCACCGAGACAGAAGUCCUGUCGGGUCUUGCCAGUAUGACGUCCACGCAGGUCAAGGUGAACCGGGCUCUCUCUGUGCCCCCCCUGUCCUUUGACCUCCCCCUGAUGGCCGACGACACGGCAUCUGUAACCAUCGCUCCACCAUCCGCACACGUCGGCACGGCUCCGGUUCAGAUGAGGCUCAUCUCGUAUGACAUGCGUGACGGACAGGAUAGUGAGGCUCUGCUGUCUCUCGCUCGCUCUGAGGGUGGCGCCAUCUCUCUGUCGCUGGGGCUGAAGACGAAGCGCCUCCCCCCGUCUCCCUGCCUCCUGGUCCACUUCCAUGGGGGAGGAUUUGUGGCCCAGACCUCCAAGUCACACGAGCCCUAUCUGAAGAGCUGGUCCCAGGACCUUGGUGUCCCCAUACUGUCAGUGGACUACUCUCUGGCCCCCGAGGCCCCGUUCCCAAGGGCCCUGGAGGAGUGUUUCUACGCCUACUGCUGGGCUCUGAGGAACCCCCACCUACUGGGUUGGACCGGAGAAAAAGUGUGUCUGGCCGGUGACAGCGCGGGAGGCAACCUGUGUUUGACGACGUCUAUGCGAGCCGCUGCCUUUGGUGUGCGGAUGCCAGAUGGCAUUGUCGCAGUCUACCCGGCUACCCUGCUGACCGCCUACGCAUCGCCGUCCCGUCUGCUCACACUUAUGGAUCCCCUGCUGCCGCUCAGCGUGCUCUCCAAGUGUCUCAGCGCCUACGCAGGCAACGAGCCGCAGGAGGAGGCGCAGGUGGAGAAAGCGAGCACGCUGAGCCUGGUGAGGAGAGACACGGCCCUGCUGCUCAGAGACAUGCGACAGGGAGCCUCCAACUGGAUCCGCUCUCUGCUGGACUCCAACGCCGCCACGCCCGCCCCCGCCCCCGCCGCCGCUGGAGAGAAGCCGCCGGGAGCCGCCGACACAGUGAGGAAAAGCAUUUCCGAGGCGUGCUUCUCUUCUCCUCACGCCGACCCCCCCGUCGCCUCCGAUGCCUCCAAGUUCCCCUCCAGGAAAUUAUCCUUCAGGAGUCAGACCUGCCAGGACUUGGCGUCCAGCAACCACUCUGCUCCUCACAGUGCGCCGCUGCUCUCUGAACACACGCCAGAAGAUGUGAAUUUCUUCCUCUCCACGGAUGCAGAUCCCUCCACGUGCAGGGACCUGUUUUCAGUGGCCAUACCGCCCCCUGCUGGGCAGGAGGGAGCGGAGCUGGAGCCCCCCAGGGAGUUCCCCCUGGGCUUCGAGCCGCUGCGCUCGGAGCAGCUGUCCGAGAUGAGGAUGCAGAGCUCUCCGGUUGUCAAGGACCCGUUCUGCUCCCCCCUGCUGGCCCCCGACAGCAUGCUGAAAGGCCUGCCGCCUGUUCACUUAGUGGCGUGUGCGCUGGACCCCAUGCUGGACGACUCCGUGAUGUUUGCCAAGCGCCUGAGGAGCAUAGACCAGCCCGUCACCCUGUGCGUGGUGGACGACCUCCCCCACGGCUUCCUCAGCCUGUCGCAGGUCUGCAGGGAGACCAAGGAGGCCGCCGACGUCUGCGUGGAGAGGAUUCGCGCCGUCUUCAGCCAGGAGGACGCGGCCGCGGCCCCCGAGCCGCGCAAGCACCGCAAGCUGGAGCGGACCGACGGGGGCGCGUCGGCCUCGCCUCCCCUGGCCGACCCCGCAGAGGAAGGCAAGCCCGCUGUCGGGAAUUCUGACGGGGAGGGCGUAGCAGCCUGGGCCGCGCCGAACAAUACGGACGCUGUUGGUGUUGCGCCGUAAAUAUGCUUCGGUUAAAAAUCUGCCGUCGACUCUGAAGGAAGUGUAAGAAGGCAGUGCGAUUCAGAGGGAGGGAGGGGGGACGGGGGGUGAGACCAAUGGCGGACGAAAUGAAACCGCCUACAAAAGACAAUCGCAUUUUAGAAUAAAAAUGUAAUCAAGCAACUACUUGUAUCAAAGAGCAGCACUCGCCCACGCGCUUGACGGAGUGCGAGUUGGCCAUAAAGCGGCGCAUAAGACACUUAAGACGGAGCCCGAAUGGGUGAUUCAUCUCAGCCCGGGCAGUCGUUUGAGCCCCUAAUCAGAUCGCGGAAGGCCCACUUUGUGCUUACGGUGGCGUCCCCGUCAGAGCGGCCACUUGUCCUUUAGGGGGGCCGCCGUAAAUCACACUUGAUCACCUCAUGCUGCGUUCUGCAUCGGGCCGGUUUGGUCGAUUACGGCUCACUCUGAGAGAAGUAACUCUGUUGAGUCUCUCCUAAAUCAAAUUACUGAACGGCUCUAAACAGGAUGAAUUUAUUCACUUGUUUUUUGAGAUUCUUGUAGUUUGUAAUAUCAUAAACUCUAUGCAGUAGUUGUACUUUAUUUGUACAGUCGUUUCUAUUACUGUAUUUAAAUCCUUCAAACGUCACAGGUUUGUUCUGUUGGCAAUCGCUUUAUUCUGAAUAUUUACCUCCGCUCCUUUGCCACAGCUACUUGGACCUCGCUGGUCUUUUGAAUUAAAACCAAAUCCUCCUCAGUAAAGCAUACUGACAGAAUACGACUUUUAUUAACCGCUACAGAGCCGGAUCACCUUCUGAGGAGGAAAAUGUCGGCCCCCGGUCUCUGUAAGAGCGAGCAUUGCUCGAGAGUCUCUGGAAGACGCUAAAUGUUUAAAGACUUUUUAACAUUUUCCUUCUGCAGAAGUCAAGUUGGAUAGAAAAACAUCCCUCAGCUAUCCGUCCGCAUUGUGGAGUGCUAUGCACGGCUCUGAGGUGCUCCGUACUCGUCUGCACUGGAUGCAGUGCGUCGAAGGGGCCCCUCCCUCUUUGGACUAGAUGCUUUUUAUUUAUUCUAUUUAUUUCGUCCCACCACCGGCUUUGUUUUUGAUAACCGGGGGCUUCUCCCCUCCACGCGUUUCCACCGAAGCACUUUGAAAUCCACCGAAAUGUGGUUUGGAGGGUCGUUCCCUCUCAGGUCCAACUAUAUAUAGAUGCCCCCCCCCCCCCAACCCCUCCUGUGGCGUUGUCCUGCCCUUGUUGCCAGGUCUGCAGAGAAGGCUGCUGGGUGACGAAUAGGAUUGGGCUGAAGCUCUGCGUGUGAAAUCCUUCCCUGUAGAAGAGCGGCGCUUUAAGCCAGCAAAGUUCCGCUGCGGGAUUAAAGCUCGACUCCUCACCGCAAUGUGGCUGUCAGAUUGAUGAAGAGAACCGCCGCCGCGUAGAGGCAGAGAGGAGCCGCCGCUGAUCGUAACCCAGCAGCAGUUUGUCCGUCGUGUGUUUGAAGCUUGUGUCACGUUUCUUUCUCCGCGGCGUCGGUGCCUGUAUGUGCACGUACGCGUUCCCGUGAUCCCCCCCCCCCCCGUCUCUCUCGUGUGUCCGGUUCACAGGAACAAAGCCACUCCACCUCAAGCCGCCGUGGCCCUUUUUGUAUUUGUUCUGGUCUGUGGGAUACGCGACCGGACUUCUGAACCGAUCCUGAAAACGCCGCCGCCGGUUACUUUGUUAUUUAAACUUUAUAUAUGUGAACUAUUAAAAAAAGAAUGUGUCAAAUUCCCCCACUUGGUGUUUAUUGAACUCCGUAUGCCUCUUACCCAUGAUGCACCAGGUUCACCUGUCUGCUGUUCACGAAUACGUUUGCAGUGUUACCUUUUCUAGUUCCCACAUUCCUGGCCCUGAUGGAGUUCUGCAGAUGCAUUUAUGCUUAAUGCAGAAUUGUGCAGAGAUUAAUCGGCGUCGUUUUAAUUAAUGCUGCUUUUUCCAUCCGGACCGUCCUGUUUUCUUAGAAUGUCCUUGUGAGUGCAAACUAGUUCUAGUACCUCAGGUUGUACAGUACACAACAACAGUUUUACAUUUUAAGGUUUGGGUUUGUUUUUUUUUGCCUCGGGCUGAUUCCGUUAAAGUACAACGCAAAGUGCACCGCUGCUCUCGUGCUGAGCGAACUGCCUCCACAUUACAGCAGAGCUAUGCAGAAACUCACCAGCACGACUCUCCUCCGUCAGAAACGCCGUGACGCCAUUUGUUGUCGCGCAGCGCGUUCCAAUCACCUUGAGGUUGGAGGUCGGCGUCGGCGUCGCAGCCUGUACACGACCUGGUUACAUGUGCGAGCGACCUCGACCACCUGUUUACGGACUCCAACACUCACUGGAUCAGUGGAUGUGUUGAUCGCCAAAGCCUGCAGCCACAGUCCUGCAACGGAUGUGCUGCUGUCGUCGUUUACUGUUUGUUAUCAGUCAUCAAUGCGAAGGUGCUGGUCCGUGCUCCAUAUGCAAAGUGCGCUGCACUGAAAAACUCUGAUGUAGAAAAUAAGCCUUUAAAAAACUAAAAUCAAGCCAUAGACCUCACACAAAUGUUUUAAGUUUACUUUUUUUUAUUUGUCAUUUAUCGAAGUGCAAACCUGUGAAUACAAGAAGAAUGUAUGUUAAACAAUAUAUGAUUCAUGUAGUUAUUUUUACUUCCAGAUUUGUAAUCCGAUUGAUUGCAGAUGGAUUGAUUUGUUUCUUUGUUGGUUUUUAUUUGAAUAAAUAUAUUCUCCCAUGAA